CCACCAGCACCGUCAACAUGCCGCGUUGCCUCAUGGCCAAGAAAUGGAAGGCCUAUCCUUGGCCGGAUCGCGUGGACGAUCCACAGGAGGAGGAAAACGAUCCUUCGGCUAUGCUUCAGGAACAGACGUCCCCGAGUCAUACGGGGAUUCAACAGAUAUCCGCCACGAUGGAGAAACGGCAGCACAGGCAUGAGCCGGAAGACGAGGAGAUCGACGUGGUCGGGGACACGGAUAGCAGGCAGGUCGAUCAUCAGCAGACCUGUUGGGGUCCGCACAGUCCUACCGCUGGUGCCACUGCACCUAGCCCACCGCCUCUCAACGCCUCCGGCGCUCUUUACUAUCAUGGUUACACGCACGAAUCGUGGAUCAACCACGAGGAGCCGCCAAAAUACGCGACCCUGCGUUCGGCAGCGGAGCUGGCCCGACCGGUGGUCCCGUCUCCUCCGCCUCCAGCCGCGCAGCAGGAGCUGCCGGUGGUGGUGACCGGGUCCAGUUUGCACCAACCACACCCAGUAGCCCCAACGACCACCCCUUCGUCGUCCGCGUCGUUGAGUCUACCUCCUAGAAAAAGCCUGUCCAUGUGUUUCACCAGCACCGGGACAGCUCUCUCGCUGCCCCCGAAGAAGAAGGACAUCUACCGACCCUAUAGCCUUCAGCCAACAUCGGAGAUCCGGACGUCGGCCGAGGAGGAUCUGUCAGCCGCGCAGGCGAUCCUCGACCUGAGCGCGUCACCGGCUGCGCCCACGCACUCGGUCUUCAUUCACACGCUAUCACCACCGCCGCCACCGCCGCCGCCGCCAACAGCGCCAACGGCGCCUAGCGCUGCGACGGCCGGCCAGCUGCAGCCGGCACAGCAGCAGCCUAUACCCGUGUCGGUGCUGGUCCCGGUACCUAGCUCGCAGACCAGCCAGCUGCGACAACAAGAACAGACGCCGCAACCUCAGUCACCUGCCACCGCCGAGGCGAACGCAGGCAACUGCUCCGCUGGUAGAGAUGGCAGCAGUGGCAGUAGCAAGACGGUCGCGUACACGUACGAGGCUUUCUUCGUGUCGGACGGCCGGUCGAAGCGUCGUGGGAACAGCACUAACGGCGCCGCGGUGCCCGACAAGGAGGCUACCCAACCGGACAGGCCGAAGUUCACCUGUACCGAGUGCGGUAAGCAGUACGCCACCUCCUCGAACCUGUCCCGGCACAAGCAGACCCAUCGCAGCCUAGACUCUCAAUCGGCGAAGAAGUGCAUCCAUUGUGGCAAGGCGUACGUGAGCAUGCCAGCUCUGGCGAUGCACGUGUUGACCCACAAGUUGGCUCACAGUUGCGGCGUAUGCGGCAAGAUGUUCUCCAGGCCUUGGUUACUGCAAGGUCAUCUCAGAAGUCACACAGGGGAGAAACCUUACGGGUGCGCGCAUUGCGGCAAAGCGUUCGCCGAUCGUUCGAACCUCCGCGCCCACAUGCAGACGCACUCGGCGGACAAAAAUUACGAGUGCUCCCGAUGUCACAAGACGUUCGCGUUGAAAUCGUACUUGAACAAACACCUGGAGUCCGCUUGCCUACGCGACGACGAGAUACCGCCGCAGCAAGCGGCCGGCAGCAACAGCAACAACGCGACGCAACACCAGCAGAGCAACAACCGUGGUUUGUAGCAGCGCUUCGACGACGCGAACGCGAUCAUCACCAGACGCCCGGACGUCCUUAGCGAGUCUAAGGAGAGCUAGCGGUCGUUCCCGGCCACUGCCGGUUAACAGCCGGGCUUUCGAGGAAAUCAGCAGGACGAGGAUAAACGCAUAAGGUUUGCCGUAGGUUUUAAGUAGAAAAGUGCCAGUAGUGAAUUUCGGGAAUAGAGAAGUAAACCGUGAGAUGUAGAGUAAAAAGAAAAAAAGAAAAAAGAAAAGACGAGGCAGGGGAAGGAGGAGAUCGAACGAACGAAGAGUUAGAGGAGGUGUCGGCUUCGUAAAAUAAUGUCUAACAUUAAUAAAAACGUCCAAUAAUGUUAAGUCUUAAAAAAAAAAAGGGGGAAAAAAGGAGAAACAAAACGAGAGAAACGAGAACAGAGAACACGUCGAACGGUGACGUCCACACUGCAGUCUAGUCACUCUAGUCGAUUAUACCUAAUACAUUAUGAUAUUAUAUUAUUAUAUAUUAUAUAUUAUAUUAUAUUAUUAUUAUUAUAUAUAUAUAGUAUAUUUACUAGCGCGUACGGUUCUAGUCGCGAGCUCGUUACGGAGACACUAUUUAUUGAUAAUUUAGCUGCCUAAUGAAAAAAAAAGAAAAUAAAACUCUUCGAUGCUUGAAAAUAUACCAAAAAAAGAACACACAUACACACACAUAAACGACAUACAUACAACAUGGGGAGAUACGUCAGUACUUGAAAAAAAGAUGCAAUAAUGAUAAAUGAUAACGUGAUUUCCAGCCGAUUUUCGAUUCAUCCCUUAACAUUCGAUGCACCCAUCGACGCCGUUCGUGAACGUCUCGCGAGAAUCGAAUCGCGUCGAAAGAACGAUCGUCGCUAGCUGGUACGCACAUCCAUCACCCCGAAACUCAUUUUACCGAAAAUUCAGACCCUAUCGACCCCGUUCGCACGUUCCUCUUCGAUGGAUCCUUCGGUGGACCACGUUAUAUUCGACCAGGGGUCGAUCUCACGGUGGAUGUACCUUAAUCCCGUGAACAAAAUUCACGUUAUUUUUAUUCCACGGUGUACAUUAUGUAAAUAAGAUAAUGGUUCACUUAUCGAAAGUGGAUGUUUAAUAAUUUCCUUUCUGCGAUGCUACACGAACGAAUACAAAGUGAAAAAGAAAAAGGAAAUUCAAGAUUCACACGGACACAGAGACACAAACACGUAGGGCAAAAUGAACACAAGCGUAUAUUUAGAGCAAAUUCAAGUAAUAGAUGCGUAAACAUUGUUAUACACAUAUUUUAUAGAAGCAAUAUAACGAGUAAGAAAAUAAUUAAAAAAAAAUAAAUAAAUAAAUAAAUAAACCAGUAAUAAUGACGACGCGUACGGUCAAAAAGCAAUGUUUCGACACAACGAAUUAUAUAAUUAUACAUAUAUAGAGGCGAACAUCGAAGUUUAACGCGAUGGGAAAUUAAAAAAAAAAACAAAAAAAAAACGAUGAUUUGCUUCGGUAUCGAACUUAUUCGAUCGUCCAACCACGCUCUUCGAUCAUUUUCGUGAUCGUAUGUUAAACUGUUCGAGUUUCAUGGUUUAUUUAUUUCACUGUCUCUCUAUGCUUAAUGAAAAAAAAACAAUUUCUUUCGUAUUGGUAAGCAAAAGCUAUUCCUAUUUUAGAAUCUAAUAUAUAUAUAUAUACAUAUUUGUAUUAGAAUGGUUGGAUAAAAUAAUGGGAGCAAUCGAGGAAUCAGCGACUCAAUGAUUCGCCUUUUUCACAACACCAAAUUUACAUUCUUAAGAAUUUAGUUACCUAGUAGCGUCACUUUGAUAUUAGUAAUUAACGACUGAAUACUAAUUAAAUAGGUAUUAUUCGUUCAUUUGCUACUCGAGAUACGGAAAAAUUAAUGUGCGCUGUAACCAACGAGAAAGUUGAUAAUACUAAAUCAAUCUUUCAUGUUUUAAUUAUUUAAAUAGAUAGGGGUUAAAUUUGUAACGUCGUCCUUAAUGAAUGAACAACGACGGACAAUAUUUCUUGUCGUAUCGAAUAUUACAUACAUCGAAUCUUGCUCGUUCAUCAUCGAUUAAACAUCGUACAUUAGUUAACAUCGUUCUUCCAAGUACAACGAUUAUGGAGAGACAGAGAAAUCCAGCCGAGAGACUCGAUCAUUUUUUUUCAAUCGAUCGACGUUGCUGUCGAAAGAUAGCAACGAUUGUACCAGGCCAAAUUAUUGUAAAAAAAAUAUUUUACAAAAAAAGAAAAGCGAAGAAAUCGCGAGAGAACAAAGAAGAGCGUGGAUCAGAGCCAGAAAUGGCUCGACGAUCCAACGAGUCCUUUUGUAAUAAUUAUUGCCGACAAAUAAUUACCGCGUUGCAUGUACAGAGUAGCCGACCUCUCACCGCCAAAGUAACGAAGCAAAAAAAGAAAAAAAUAAUGAACUGCAAAAAAGAAAAAAAAAAUGAAAAAAAAAAUGAGAAAGAACCGAAGCACACGGAGAACAGAAAAACGAACACGAUAUUCUUUGUUAUUUUUCCCCUGGUUGCUUAGACGGUUCGAUGGCCCAGAAUUCAGAAGAAAAAUCUGGUCGAUCGAAUUUAAAUUGAUGAGAAAAAAAAGAAGCUUUUCUAGUUUUUUCCUUUAAAGGAAAUUGAUUUCGUGAGUUGUGUGCCGUGCGUGCAAUUGCGAUCUCGCGUACGUAAAUAACAUACGAACGUAGAGCAAUAAAGUCCUAAGCAAUACUAAUUAAUUAAUUAAAGAAGGAAAGCAAUUAAUAUAAAUUAGUAAGUCGAUUCGAAUAGGAAGAAAUGAUGGCAGAAACGUUCAGGUGAACGCAAACGAAGCGCACCGUUUGACGCGUGUUUUUUUUUUUUAAUUUAAGGCUCGACGUGGACGAGCGACUUUUGUCGUUGAAAUUUUGCAAUAAUAUUUUCAAAAUGUUAUUGAAAUUUUAGAUAUUUGAUAUCGAAUUUAAAUGGAAUCAAGAAAAUUGAAAUGAACCUAGGUUGGUUUGGUAGAAUGGAUGAAGCAAAUACCAAAUCGAAUACUCAUUUAGUACCAUUCAAAAUUAAUUAAUUAUCCAUAAUCAUAUUCGAAACUUAUUAAAAUUAUUCUAACGAAAUAGUCACUCGUCUGCUCGAGUUCUUUCGCUUCGUUUCUAAUUGCAUUUAUUCUGUCUCAGUUUCAUUGUUUUUCAUUACUUAAUAAUAUAUUUAUUUCUUUUUCUCUUACUAAUUGUUAUCAGUAUUAUUAUUAUUAUUAGCGUUUGCAUCA